AUGCAGUUUGCUUGCAAUGCACACACAAUUUGUGAUAGCGAAUUGAAACCCCUGGGUACAGGACUCUAUCCUGUCAUAUCAAUCAUUAACCACAGCUGCUUGCCCAAUUCUGUUCUCUUGUUUGAGGGAAGGACAUCUGUUGUUCGUGCUGUGCAACACAUACCCAAAGGAGCGGAGGGUCAUUACGGGGAUAUUCAAGAAAGUGCUAUUCUGGAAGGCUACCGUUGCAAAGAUAAUAAAUGUGAUGGGUUUUUGCUUCGCGACUCUGGAAUGGAAUUACCUAUGACAAGGGAUUCAUAUGUCAACAAUGUGGACGUCUUAAGAGCAAAGAAGAGAUUAUUGAGAUGGAAUCAUUUGAUGAAGGUAGAAGACUGGAGUGAAGCUCUAGCAUAUUGCAGAUUGACUAUUCCAGUGUAUCAAAAAACUUCACUCCCUUUCCCUGUAGGAGUAUAUCCUGGCUUUCAUCCUUCUCUUGGAUUGCAAUAUUAUACCUGUGGAAAGCUCGAAUGGUUACUUGGAGAAACCGAUGAUGCUGUGAAAUCUCUGACCAAGGCAGUAGAUAUACUGCGGAUUACUCAUGGGACAAGUACCCCAUUUAUGAAGGACCUAUUUAGGAGGUUGGAGGAGGCACGCGCUGAAGCUUUCAUCAGUGGAGUAUAG